CUUGAUCGUUUGGUCUCUUUCACCUUCUUUCUAAUCGAAACUAGGGCUUUCCUUCUUUGCAAAAUAUACAAUAAACCUUUUUAUUAGCAUUUUUUAGUGAAGUUUUAGAAUUAGAUUCGGUUUAAAAAUAAUUUUUUAAAAGCAUCUCUGCUUUCUAGUGCCAUUAGCCAUACCUCGACCUUGCUUCUUCUUCGCUUCUAAAGUACUCCAAAACCCUAUAUUUUCAUAUUUUCCUUUCUGGGAUUUCCAGAAAAACAAGGUAGAGGUUCCCCUUUUAUGGGGUUUAGUCAUUUUCCGCUAUUUUUUUUCCUCACAUUUUUCUGGGUUUUGUGGGGCAAGAGCCUUUAUAUUUAAUUUUCAUUCUUAGCUGUGGGUUGGUUCUUUUCCCUCGUUGAAACGCUAUGAACUUUACUAGUCUUUGCCUGAGUAUUAACCAAACAUGAUGAAACCAGAAGCAGAAAUUCAUAGUAUUACGUGAAGUACCCAAAGGAGAGAAAAGAUGAUUGCUGAAAAACCAAGUUGGGUUAGUCAUGAGGGAAUGCAGAUAUUCUCCAUCGAUGUUCAGCCUGGUGGUCUUAGGUUUGCCACUGGUGGAGGUGACCACAAGGUCCGGAUUUGGAACCUGAAAUCUGUUGGCAGGGAUUUGGAAAACUAUGAAUCUACACAGAGGGUUCUUGCAACCUUGCGUGAUCACUUUGGGUCUGUCAACUGUGUUAGGUGGGCUAAGCAUGGACGUUUCGUUGCCUCCGGGUCUGAUGAUCAAGUAAUUCUAAUUCAUGAGAGAAAGCCUGGUUCUGGAACCACUGAGUUCGGCACUGGGGAGCCCCCUGAUGUUGAAAAUUGGAAAGUUGCGAUGACACUGAGGGGACAUACUGCAGAUGUGGUGGAUCUUAAUUGGUCUCCUGAUGACUCAAUGCUGGCUAGUGGGAGUUUGGACAACACCAUCCAUAUAUGGAAAAUGAGCAAUGGCAUCUGCACAGUGGUGCUCAGGGGUCAUUCUAGUCUCGUUAAAGGAGUUGCCUGGGAUCCCAUUGGGUCGUUCAUAGCAAGUCAGUCUGAUGACAAGACAGUCAUAAUAUGGCGAACAAAUGAUUGGAGCCUUGCUCAUAGAACAGAGGGCCAUUGGGCAAAAUCUCUGGGAUCAACAUUUUUCAGGCGGCUUGGAUGGUCACCUUGUGGUCAUUUCAUAACUACCACCCAUGGUUACCAAAAGCCAAGGCAUUCUGCACCUGUUCUAGAGAGAGGGGAAUGGGCUGCCACGUUUGACUUCUUAGGUCACAAUGCUCCAAUUAUUGUAGUGAAAUUUAAUCACUCCAUGUUCAGGAGGAAUUUUGCCAAUUCACAGGAAGUGAAAGCUGCACCUGUCGUCUGGGCAAAUGGAGCUGCUAAGAUCGGUGGUAAAGAAUCACAGCCAUAUAAUGUUAUUGCUAUUGGAAGCCAGGACCGCACUUUAACUGUGUGGACAACUGCAAGUCCUCGACCUCUCUUUGUAGCUAAACAUUUCUUUGGCCAAAGUGUUGUAGAUUUAUCCUGGAGCUCUGAUGGCUAUUCUCUCUUUGCUUGUUCAUUGGACGGGACAGUGGCUACUUUCCAUUUUGAAGCAAAAGAACUUGGCCACAGGCUAAGUGAUGCUGAACUUGAUGAGUUAAAGAGAAGUCGCUAUGGUGACGUUAGAGGUCGACAGGCUAAUUUGGCGGAGAGCCCAGCACAGUUAUUACUUGAAGCUGCUUCAGCCAAGCAAAGUACUAGCAAAAAAGUAGUCUCAGGUGUUCGGCAGAAUUCUGUUGAGUUGGGGGUCACGAACAAAAUUAUUGAGCCUCAGAAUUACGAUGGGAAGAAGAGCGGGCUUGCUGCUAGUGAUGGAUUAAAUAAAGCAAUGAGUCCUGUGAAACAAAGAGAAUACAGACGCGCUGAUGGUAAGAAAAAGAUCAUUCCUGAAGUAGUCGGUGUGCCUAUUCAGCAGGAAAAUAUUUGUGACAAUGCUCAAUCUGCUGCACUAGACUUCCCCAUUGCAUCUUCCUAUAAUAGAAAAAAUGAAAAAAGUGCAGUUCCAGCUGAUGGUAGUUUGAGAGAAGCUUCUGUCUGGGGAACCAUUGGUAGAAGCUUGGACUUAAAGGAGCGGUCUGGGAUCACUGCCAGGGCCACUGUUACUGACAGCCUGGUUAUUGAGAAAGGUCCAGUCUCUGCUGGUCAAGAUCAUAGCAUCGAUGUGGAGAAGUCUGGGAGCAUGAAGCCUUCAGUUUCCACUGUUUCCUCUAUCACAUCUCUUUCAAUUAAGGUUUUUGACAAGAAAGAAGGCAAGGAUAUGACUCCAGUUUGCUUGGAAGCAUGUCUUAGGGAACAUGCUGUGAAUGAUGUUGCUGGUGUAGGACAUGCAUGUAUGAUGAAAGAAACAGAAAUUGUUUGCACCAAAGGGUCUCAAACUCUUUGGUCUGAUCGUAUCUCUGGAAAAGUUUCUGUUUUAGCUGGAAAUGCGAACUUCUGGGUUGUGGGAUGUGAAGAUGGGUGCCUUCAGGUUUAUACAAAACGUGGAAGACGUGCAUUACCUACCAUGAUGAUGGGAUCUGCAGCAACCUUUAUAGAUUGUGACGAGAGCUGGAAAUUGUUAUUGAUCACAAGGAAAGGAUCUUUGUAUUUAUGGGAUCUCUUCAAUAGGAACUGUCUCCUUCAUGAUUCUUUGGCAUCUCUAAUCAGUUUGGACUCCAGCUCAUCUCCAAAAGGCACAAUCAAAGUUAUAUCUGCAAAGUUAUCAAAAUCGGGUUAUCCUCUUAUUGUUUUGGCUACUCGGCAUGCGUUUCUCUUCGACAUGAGUCUCAUGUGUUGGCUGAGGGUUGCAGAUGACUGCUUCCCUGCAUCAAAUUUUGCUAGUUCUUGGAGUUUGGGUUCAAUUCAGACUGGUGAGCUGGCUGCUCUGCAGGUGGAUGUACGAAAAUAUUUGGCUCGAAAGCCUGGAUGGAGCAGGGUAACUGAUGAUGGAGUGCAGACACGUGCUCAUUUAGAGGCUCAGUUAGCAUCAUCUUUGGCUUUGGAAUCCCCUAAUGAGUAUCGCCAAGGCCUUCUUUCUUACAUACGCUUCCUAGCAAGAGAAGCAGAUGAGUCUCGUUUGCGAGAAGUCUGUGAAAGUUUUCUCGGACCACCAACUGGGAUGGGAUCAGAUUCCAAGAAUCCUGCUUGGGAUCCUUAUGUGCUUGGAAUGAGAAAGCACAAACUUUUAAGAGAGGACAUUCUUCCUGCAAUGGCAUGCAAUAGAAAAGUUCAGCGUUUACUUAAUGAGUUCAUGGAUCUCUUCUCAGAAUACGAAAGUGUCGGAAACAAUCAAGACCAAAAAACACCAUCUCCGUGGACUACAUCUCAACCUGCGAAAGAUCCAACGGGUUCUGCGCCUUCAAUAGCAGAUCAGGUAAACUUGGGCACCCUAUCAACUGAUUCAAAUGAAAUGAAACUCCAAGGAUGCCGGUGAGUAAAUGGUGAAAAUCUUCAAUUAUGCAUAGCAUACUAGCUAUUGGUGUUCAACAUAGAUUGGGGGGGUUGCACAGUUAAUUUUUGGUAUAUUCAGCCUAUGGUUGCACAGUUAAUUUUUGGUAUAUUCA